AGCGCUUUGGUACGGUUUUUGGUCUUAUCUCCAGCCGGUGUAGACGGAUCCCUAUAGAACCGCGCAGUGCUGAACUGAUCUGGUGGCAUAUAAUUGCGGAGUGCACAAGAGGUGGGGUGGACCAAUUUCUGACAAUUCGUUGGCGUGUAGCAUGGAUUGUGACGCGUGUGAGCAGGGCACCCAUGGGAGUCGCUAGGAUUGCGACGGUUGCUUCCAAACCGGGGCUGCCUUCAGCGGUGGGCCAGACUGUUCGGUUGAGAAGGGGAUAACUUAAUUAUUCACAGUCGUGUGCGCGUGUGUGAUUCGAUUAUAGAGUGGUGUUGUUCCCUGGUUACUUUUAGUCAGGAGCGCCAAAGUGAUGGCGAUGUAAACAGAGCGAUGAUGUGUGAAGCUGCUGCACUGCAAGUUAUGGAGCAGCGAAUGUGCAAAAUCUUACCGUCUUGUGGGUGGGGAUCUAAGUGAGUGAGCCAGAGAACGCUUCUUCGGUUGACUCGAAGCGACCGUUUGCAGUAAAGGAAACAUCGUAAGGACGACGAGGACAAAAGCGGAAUCAACGAUAAUCAAAGUGUUCGCCGUAGGGUGGUACGACCUUGGGGCCAACUUGGUAGGAAUAUUCAAAGAACGAGGAGGUAUUGAACGAUGAUAUUACUUACGGUGGUGUGUUUUUGAUGUCGAAAGCUGGGCGUGAUGUUAUGUAAACAAGUGAUUCAAUAAAAGAAAAUAAAUUUGAUCCAACAGAGCGGGGAAGAGAUUGUUUCAAAGUGUUUUUCGAUUAUGGUUGAGUGCGUAUCGAAUUUCGAGACAUAUACAGAUCAGCAGUAUAUAUUGUAAACCUUAAUCCAGGAUAUCUACGUAAAAAAUAGUCUUUGAUGUUUCAUCGUUCGAUGUCGUAAUCGCUUCCCAGAUGACAGUCGGCAAAUCUUUGUUACAAAAAAAUCAGAUUACUACUCAAUCCAAGUCAACUCCUACAUCGCUUUGUGAAGCGUGAAGAUCAUCUUAUCGUGGACCUACCAAGAACCAUUUGCAACUGCCAAGACAAAAAAGUGCACCCAAAAAACUUUACUUAUCUCUGCUCAUCCUGCAUCUUUACCUUACCACGACCUACGUAUAAGAAAUAAAUAAAAUAAAUGAAGUUGAUGAAUUCUGUACCCAACUGAAGAGCGCCGUGUUUUUCUCAACCUGAGUGGGUUUGCGAAGUUUUUCGCAGAGAAUUCCACUCCUGCUCCCCCGCAAAUGGCCGGCGGAAGACAAACAGCGACGAAAGCAAAUUGUUAAAUAUACAUCUCCUCUUGCCGAGAGGAAGAAAAAAACGAACAAACGGAAAACGUUUUCAAAUCAAAUACGAAAAACGACGUAUGUCUCUGAUCAGUGAUGUGAAAAUUUCCUAACGAACCCAAUUUCCGAAUACUGCAGUGAGAUUAAAGAAGAAGAAAAAAAAACUUGCAAAGUCAGUGACGGGGAAAAAAGGCGGUUUCCAUAAGCAAAACUGGGAGGAAAAGUAAUAACAGAAGACAGCAGACGGAAUUUGUAAUUUGUUGAUUGGGUAAAAGUUCGCCGAAGGAAAGGGUGAUCAACCCCCGCGGAAAGAAAACCCAAUCUGCUGGUAAAGACGGAGUUAUAGGGAAAAAAAAUUGUCACACACUGUUGAUGAUAGGAGUUUUUCCCAGAAGUCAAUUCCAAUAUAGAAACGAAAAAAAAGAACGAAUCGAACGGUUUGCGAACCGUUUGGGUGCGUGUGAAUGUGAAUGUAGAAAUGAUGAGACUCGAUUGGAUCCUUCUUCGCCCAGAAUAACGGAUAGCACCGAUAUAGCUCGAGAAGAUUGGAGAAUUUGGUCACAUCCGAUGAACUCGAUGGGAUCCAUAUUUUGAAGCCUCGUUAAACAUCGCCUCAGUCCCGACCGAAAUCGUGCGGUGGUGACUCUGUCGAUGCGUGAAGUCGUCCACAUUGUGUGCACCCCUUCCCACAGUGGAAUCGAAGUGGGAUGGCAUCUACAGAUUUGUGGACUGACCAAACAUCCCCGACAAAUAAUCUAGCGAAGCCGACAAUAUCCACACCGAUUUACCGAAAUGACGGUCGUCCAUCGUGCCGGGUCACUUUGAAGCCGGAUACGUGUGGAUCUACGCGUUGCUGUUCGGCGCCGCCGUUAUCCCCAUCGUUGUUGUCGAAUUGAUCCUUCCGCUUAACCGGAACGCCAAACUAAACUGAACUGGACAUCUUUGCGGUGUGCGUGUGUGUGUAUUUGUGUUUGGUUUAGUUCGAGAUAAGAGAACUUAGCUGCUAUACGAAACAGGAAGAACCAUAAAGCAAAUUGAAUUCUAGCCGGCUGGCUUAAAUGCACGACGGGCCAUCGCCACUACUGCCAGCAUCGGUAUCAUCUUCAUCUUCAUAGUGGACACCAUUAUUGGCUAUCCUGCAAAUCCCCUUCAAACCAAUGCUUUGGAGCAGUGACCGCCGGAGACGGAGACUGGAGGCUCCCUGCGCCGGGCUGGUCCAUCUGACGAAAUGGUGCACGACGCUGUUUAUCAUUUUGGAAUCUACGAGCGUUGGAAGUGGUCUCAUAGCACCCACGUCUACGACGUCGCUGAACAUCAGCAGCACUGUCAGUGUCACCAGCAGCAUCAGUCCCGCCUCCACGCUCAGCACAAAUCCCUCGCCCACGGAAAGGACGCCCACCAUCACCAGCAGCAGCAGCGGCAGCGGCACAAGCAUAAGCACAGCAUCCACCGAUGGAACGGCGAGCUUACUGCGUCAAUCCGAGCAAACUCCAAAGUUCGCGGCACUGGUUCAAUCGGCACCGCUUGCCCUCGAUGAUGGCACCGUGUCAGAGACAGCGGACUCCGCUGUCACCGAUCCUUUGCUACUGUUGGGAGGGUUCCGGUUUCCAGCGCAAUUGCUCCCGGAGCCGGUCCCUUUGCCGUCCGGCAUCAAUCCUAUCAGUGCGAGUAAAAAUGUGCUCUCACGAACUAGCCCCCUGGUGGCCGAUGCCAGUUCCCGGGAAAUCUCCCCCGUGUCCCUCCCGGGAUCCAAAUCCAAUCUAGUUAAUUUAGGUGUAAGCAGCAGUAGCAGUAGUAGAAUUAAAAGUGCUAAUUUAAGUGUGGGUGAUAAGGUCAGCGGUGAGAAGUCCUCCGCUGCUGGCCGAGCGAAUAGUGUUAGAAGUAGUGGUAAAACCAUCGGCCCCAAGGGCACUUCCUCGGAUGCGGAAACCCCGGUGAAUCGGGUCGACGGGGAGUUCCGCGAAAUCGAGGGCAACUUUAGCAAAAUGUUCUUCGAAACGGACAAUCUCACGACGAUUUCGUCGCAGGUUGGCUCGAUAGCGGUGCUGCCAUGUGUGGUGCGGAAUAUAGGCGAAGGCGUGGUAUCGUGGAUCCGGCGGAAAGACUACCACUUGCUGACGAUCGGAGUGACAACGUACAGCAGCGAUGAGCGUUUUAACAUAAUCCGCUCCGAGGAUUCAGAGGAAUGGCCACUGCAGAUCAAAUAUGUGCAGCUGAGGGAUGCUGGACCGUACGAGUGCCAAGUCUCAACGCAUCCGCCCACGUCAAUAUUUGUCCAACUGGAUGUGGUCGAGGCCAAAGCGGAAAUCUUCGGUCCAUCCGACAAGUAUCUGAAACCGGGCUCAACGCUGCGAUUGACCUGCCGGGUAGUUCAAAGCAACGAGCCUCCGCUGUACAUCUUUUGGUACCACAACAAUCGAAUGAUUAACUACGACGUCCACCUGGGCGUCAAUGUGUCCACCGAAGCUGAUAACCGCUUUUCUGAGCUGGUGAUAACGCAUUCCAAUACCAUCAACUCGGGAAACUAUUCGUGUGUGUCCAACAACGCAGUGGCAGCCUCUACCUAUGUGCACAUUUUGAAUGGUGAAAACCCAGCAGCGAUGCAACACGGCGAUCACGGUAAUGGCGUUCUGGUGGGGUCCCAUCUUCAUCUGCUGGUGACGGUUGUAACAUAUCAGAUCAUCAACUUGUUAUUGUGUGCACAUUGAACAUAAUUAUACAUAUAAGGAAAAAAAUGUCCACAUAGAGAACCACGGCAUCGCAUGUGAUGAGAAUUUGUGUAUACAAACAAGCAAACAAACAAAUUAUAGGUAAAUAUUUAUCGAUAAAAUCAGACCACGAACAGAAAGCCAACCCGGCAGCUUAUGCUGCCAACGAAAAAAAAACACGACGAAAGGACUCACGAACAACGGUUGAAGGAUACAGAUAUGAUAAAAACCCGAGCCCAUUUGAUUAAGUGGGAUAAUGGGGAAAAUCCUGUCAACAAAAUAAACAAAUUUACGCGCACCAAAUAUUGAUGCUGCAGCAAAGUGUGUAUUGCGCAACCGAUUGUUCCGGGAAGAGAGUUGUGGCUAUUGACGAGUCAAAUAUUUUAUGAUGAGAGAUAAAAAUUGUUGCACAUCAGCUGGUUGGCGGUAAAUUUUGGGUAAUUCAUGUUUGUAUAUCAAAGUAUACAAAUAGGCAAUGUUAUGCUUCCACUUCAGUCAAUUUUCCCGGUUUCAAUGAAAAUAAUCUUUUCACCGUAGUCUAUCUAUACCAUACUUCUGAUAAAAUUGUGGUUUUCUAUUAAUUCAAUGUAAAGAACGCAAGGUAACAUUUGUAUUCCACUUGUUUCGUUAGAAUAUGUACUGAGUUUUUACUUUAUGACGAUUUCAGAAAAGGAUAUACCUUAUGUGCCAUUUUCUCUAGUUAAAAUCUUCGUACUUCAUGAGCAAAAUUCGAAAUCUGGAAGUUUUCGAAAACGACAUUUUAAAAUUAUGGCAUCUUUGUUUGCUGUAAUUGCUCCGAUAUCCACAAAUCUCAUUGCAAUUAUAAUUAUUAUGCAUCGAGAAAAGCGCUGCUAUCACCCUUUACACAAAUCUGGUAGCAUUCACAAUGUGGAAUACUAUCGGAGUAUAUCGAUCUUAAAUUGUAUUCCAAAAGUUUUCAAGAGCCUAGUCCACGAUGCGUUUUACCCGAAGAUACAUCAUAUUAUUUCUAAAAAAAUGUGAAGAAAAGAUCUACUACGACCUAUCUCAUGUAAUACGUUCCUUCAUUGGCCAAUGCCCUCGAGAAUCGGGAGAAAGACGACCGUGACGCCGCAUUUAGUGACCGUUGAUGAAUUUGACAGAAGGGGCCUUCCCACCUGGCCCACCCACGUUGGAUAUACUCCUACUUAACUGGGCGUGAAGCUGACGUGCCACGCUCGAAACACGCUCGGCGUUCCUCAAGGUAAACACUUAGGUCCACUUAUAUUCGUGCUUUUUGUGAAUGAUCUCUGCACCACAAAUAAAUCCCCGAAAACGAUGUUCGCUAAUGACUUGAAAUUCUUUUAAAUGGUGGCAUCGUUGGUAGAAUGCUGCGCCCUCCGAGCUGUCAUCGACGCAUUGGUAAAAUAGUGUACCCUAACUGGAAUGGAAAUCAACGUCAAAAAAUGUAACGUUAUAGCAACGUAAUAGCGCAAUAGAGUAAGCACCGUUAAGGAUCUUGGCGUCCAGCUGGAUUCCAGGCUCGUCGUCAAUCUGCACGUAACUACAAAAGCCGCCAAUGCGUAUGCGUAUGCGUAUAUACUACUGCCCUGGUUCGCAGUACACUGGCCUUGUGUUGGCCUUAUAUCAUGUUGUUCAGAGUAAUCGGAUCGAUUAUUUCAUUCGAUUUGCGACUAUCGUGGAAUUACCUCGUCCGUCCCAAUAUGAGCAUCGCUGUGGAUUACUUCAUUUGAAUUCUUUGGCUAGCAGGAGAAUCCGUCUUCAACGGUUGUUCGUGUUCGAUAUCCUGUCUCACAACAUUGCCAGUCCGAAGCUACUGAGUAAUGUCAACAUCAACGUUCCUGUAAGAUCAACCCGUCAUACAUAUUUCCUACGUCUUCCAGCAAACCGUUUUUUGGACUAAAUAACCCCUUUGAUAAUUGUUGUAUCUUUUCUUCUGAAUUACUUGCAAUCUACGGAGAACUUACUGUCAGAGAAUUUUGAAGUUGUUGAAUUUAUAGAGUAGACCAAUUUCAAAAUGAUCGCCCGAAGAUUUUCGGACUGUGAGCGUGUAAUGGGAUGUCAUAGUUUCGGAGAAAUGAGCCGAAUUCUGUAGAAAUAAUGGCAUCGUGAUAGAGGGAUCUGUGUCCGGACAUACUCAAAAUCGAUCACAUCUGCAUCAGCCGAAAUAAUUCCGAUAUACGGAUUUGUCGCAGCGCUGACAUCGUGCCUGACCCUCUAAUUAGUGAGACUAACUACGCACUGCUUGCAUUCAGCGGCGGGAGAAAAGGCAUGGACGGCGAUUUAGCAUACGCUGAUUAGAAGAUCCAGCUGUUAAGAGAUUGCUCGUUGCCAGGGUUUCGACAUUUCGUUUCAAUGAGACCAAAGGAAGCGUUUUUCGGGCUAAGGGAAAAUCUUGUUUCGUUGUUUAUGUUGAGGAUCAUCUUUCACCCAUCAAUCUUUUCUCUAGAAUUAGCAUUGGAAGAUGAACGAAAAUCUUGCCUAGGGUAACCGUACCCUUAGUGGAGGUAGCACCAAUA